UCCAUAGCCGCCGAGCGACCGAGGCGAACGGAAUCUGAGGAUUUAGCGGGGCGGGGGCAGCACCGAACAGGCCCCAGUCUUCCCCUCCCACCCGCCCGCGGAUCCGGCCCGCUCCUAAACCCCAGGGCGCCUCCUCCCCGGCGAGCCAGCGAUGGAGGACGAGGAGAUGGAGAGGAAGGUGCAGCAGUACCUGCACCGCAAGGGAUUCCGCCUCGCCGAGCUUGCGCUGCAGGAGGAGCGCAACCGCCACUCCACAACCUCCCUCUCCGACGUCUCGCUCUCCAGGUCAGAUAAUGAUCCAGCAAGAUACCAUGAUGGCUAUAAUAAAUUAAGAACAUGGGCAUACAGUUCUCUGGAUCAAUACAAGCAUGAAUUACUCCGCAUCCUUUAUCCAGUGUUCAUCCAUUGCUUCAUGGAUCUAGUGUCAGAGGGACACACAUAUUCAUAUGAAUUACUCCUCCAGUAUCUCCAGAAAACACAAGCUCUUGUGAUGCUUGGAAUAAUCAAUGAAAGGAUAAUUUUUGAAGUAUCCGCUGGGCAACCUUCAUUGAUCUCUGAUGAUGCGGAUGCUGUUGCUCUUGUUGGAACUAGUAAGGACUUGGCAAAACAGAUAAAUCAGAAGGAAGUGCAUUGGGGGUUGCUUGAAGAUUCAGUGGAGGAGCGUAUGGAGAAAGCACUCUCAGAUUCUGAUAAAACUGAAGCAGACAGCAAGGAUGCAGAUGCAGAAGAUAAUAACAAGAAAAAAUCCUCAGAAGGUGGAAAGCAGGGUGGGUCUCUUACUAAAAAGCUCAAAAAGGAUAAGCUUGUAGGUGCAACAGGGAAAAAUACCAAAUCCGAAACAAGCAUGAUUUCUGCGGCACCUCGUGUGAAACCGGAGCUAACCCUACCAGCGAUGCCUGUUGAAGUUGAACAAUCAAUGCUUGACGACCUAAGAAACCGUGUACAAUUGAAUAACUUGGCAUUGCCAUCUGUUAGCUUCUACACAUUCCUUAAUACACAUAACGGAUUAAACUGCUCAUCGAUCUCAAACGAUGGAUCAUUGGUUGUUGGUGGGUUCUCAGACUCAUCAGUAAAGGUUUGGGAUAUGGCAAAGAUUGGUCAACCCGCCAAAACAUCUACUUCACAAGGAGAGAAUGGAUCUUCGCAGGGUGAACACUUGUCAUCAACAUCUGAGGGGAAACGACCUUAUACAUUAUUCCAAGGUCAUUCUGGACCAGUUUAUUCCGCUGCCUUUAGUCCAUUUGGAGAUUUUCUCCUGUCAUCAUCUUCAGAUUCAACAAUUUGGUUGUGGAGUACCAAGCUGAACGCCAAUCUUGUUUGUUACAAAGGACACAAUUACCCAGUUUGGGAUGUCCAAGUAUGUGAACAAAUCCUUUCUCUGUGCCGUUGUCGUGGAAACAACAUUUGAGUUCUUUCUUCAUGGGGUGUCUUGACUGCCUAGUUCAGGCCAAAACAUUUGAUUAUUUAGUUAAUUUUUCAGUAUUUCUUCAUGGGGUGUUACAGUCAAUGUCUAUGCCUUACAUCAGUAGUUUUUAAUAAACUCUUCGGAAGUUCUAAUAGUGUCUUCAUUUCAGUAGUUUUUAAUAAACUCUUUUGAAGUACUGGUCUCAUUGUUACAAACAAUGAUCAUGCACUACUAUUGUUUUAGUCUUGAUCUUGGGUGUGAGGAGUGCAAAACUGCAAAUACUUGUGAUAAAUAUUCCUGGAUCGUUCUUCAUUUUGAACACUUCUGAUGAUGAGAUUUGGAAUAGGUCCAUUGGGCUUGAUGUUCUUUUCAACAGCUUAUGAUUGGUACAGACAUUUGUGUCGCGUAGUUUUCUAAUUAUGUUCUAUUGAACCUC